AACCAAAGUGAAACCACCACUUAAACUUUCAUAUCACUCAUUUCGAUAGGUUUACACAGUUACUGAAUUGCUAUACUCCCACCCCUAGACCUUUCGAAGAUGAAUGAAUCUAUGAAUUGGUCUUGCGACGUAUUUGCAAAUGUUUACAACAUCAUCAAAUUUCAGCUGCCAACGGCCGGUGAAGGUGGUGACCUUUCUCAGCUUGAUUUUUCACCGAUAAUCAAUGACUUACUUCAUAUAUUGGUCACCCCAACUCCCUUGGAAGAAUCACGGACUCAAUUAAUAAACGAAACUAAACCGGUGACUUUUUCCAAUGGAUCUCAAGUUAAAUUGAAUCAACCGUUUAUAGAAAUUAGUGCAGUUUUAGCAAAGGAAUUAGAUUUGAAUGAAAUAGCGUCAGCUGAGUUGUUAUAUUAUGCAGGUGAUGUUAGUUAUAAAAAGGGAACCUCUUUAGGUGAUGCUGCUAGAUUUUCAUAUUAUUCUAGACUAGAGUACAUUUUGAAUAUCUUGGGAUAUUUAACCAUUCAGAAGCAAUUGCAUUUGGUGAUUACAAAGGAGUCUGAUUUCCAGAUCUUGUUUGAUAACUUGAUUAAAAGUUUUGAAAAGAUUUACAGAUUAAUCAACAAUCUUCAUAAUAUGAUUGAUAAGCAGAAGGUGACGAGUGAUAUCAAUAGUCUUGCUUUCAUAAAUUCUAUCAAUUUUGCUAGAACUCAAUUAUUUAAUAAUCAUGAAUUAUUAGGCAAAGUGUUGUACGGAUUGGUUGAUCAAUAUUUUGAUAAAUUCGGUAACUUAAACAACUACAAGAAAAUGUUACAGUUGAUACUGGAUCAUCACGAAGAUGGUGAUAUUUUACAAAUACACUUUUUACCUGGUGUUUUACAAUUCAUAGCCAAGCUAUUGGAAGGCAAUGAUGCCUUAGUAGGUGAAUUCCAUACUCACAUUACUACCAAAAUAUCUGACGAUUAUCGAUUAGUAUCGAUACCUACCUGUGGUGGUGAUAAAGACAAUGACGAUAUAAUUGAUUUGUCAAAGUCAAAGAUAAGUGGAUUUGAAAUUGUAACCAAUUUUUUCUUCUUAUCACAUUUCAUUACUUGGUGUAAAGAAGAAGGAACUAGAACCGCCAAGUACGAUUUUAAGGAACAUAUUUUAAAGUAUAUGGAAUAUUUGAUAAGUUAUGGAGUAAUGGAAAGAAUAUUGUGUUAUUGUGCUGAAACAAGCAAUGCGAAAACACAACAAGCAUUUGAAUAUAGUAAUAUUUAUGACUUCAGAUCCUUAUUGCAAAGAAACUUUCCCAAAUUAACACCUUCUAAAUUUCAAUACCCAGGAACCCAAGAAUUGUUGUAUGCUUCAAAUAUGAAACCAGGUUUUGAGAAUAUCGGAAAAUUACUCGAUGUUUCAUAUUUGACUUUAAAUGAAGAUUUGAAUGAAAGUUUAAUAGCACCAUUCUUCCAAAGAUUCUUUAGUGUAUUCAUAGUCAAUGCUGCUAUUGUUUUGACUCAAUUGAGAGAUCUAGAGGAGGAUUUUGUAUUAUCAUCUAUAAACAGACAGCAAGACGAAGAUAGUGAUGAGUACGAAACUAAAACUGCCACCACAGUAUCAAGCAGAAAGACAGACGAUAGUUACAGUGAUUUUGAUUCAAAUUCAAGGACCAGAUCUGCCGAGAAAGUAGGUCUAGACUUGGACGAAGUUGCUCAAAGGGCAGAUUUAGAAAGAUUUUACUUGGCAUUUGCAUACACGUUUAAUAAUAGACCUGAAUUGUGUAACUUAUUUUGGUCCGAAGAACAACAGGUUAGUAAUGAUAUUGUUGGGUUUAUUUCUUGGGGGUUAUCAAACAAUACAUCACCUUUAAUUACAGCUACCUUUUGUAUCUUGUUAUCUUCUUUAGCAUCUGGUGGCAACGAGACUGCAGCUAGAAUCUGGGAAAUUCUUGUCAACAAUAAUAAUGCCACCAUGAAAAAGAAUGACUACUCUAAAAUAUCAGUCGAUUCCUUGGUUGAUUCCUUGAAUUAUUAUAUUGAUUCCUUAAAUGAACAAUUUGAGUUGGAUUUGAAUGAUCAAUUAAAACUAUACCAAAAGAAACAAGAAUUUUUAUUUUCGAAUAAUUAUUCAGCUCAAAAGGAAGCAGAAGAUGCUAACGCAAACAGAAUUACUAUUGAAUUAGCCGAGGAUUCAAUUGUUUUCAUUUCAGGAUUUAUGCAAUUGGUUUCAGGUAUUGUUAAGAAUCUAUCAAUUCAAAAUGAAAGAGGAAGAGAAAUCAAGAACAUUGCAUAUACCAGAUUUCAACCUAUAAUUAAAGGGUUCUUGAAAUUUGACAACUUGAUUAAAGGAGGAAAAAUAUUAUCUGUUGAUGUUAAUGCAGGUACUUCGAACAACAAUCCUAAAUUUAUUGAUUUACCAACUAUUUUAGUCAGUGAUGAUUCUAUGGUUAUAUUGAUCAAUUUAAUUUUAACUUUGUUGGGUGACUUCGUUGAUCAUUCAAAGGAUGACGAUGGUCAAGGUAAUACGAUUGGUUAUGAAAUUUGGAGAUUAGUCGAUAGGUGGUUAUAUUUUGGUUUACAUGACUUACCAGAAACAACAACUGCAACAACCAGUACCUCUUCAGCUGAUGGGUUUUCUAGAACAUCAUUGUCAGCUACCAGAAAAAGAUAUACAAGUAAGAGAAAUAUGAGAAUUAAUCAAGCAUUUUCUGUAAACUUGACCCAUUUCAGCGAAAUUGCAAAUUUCACAACCUUGAUUAGGAAAUUAUUAACCCCAUUCAAUACCAAUAAUCAAGCUUUCCUGAAAUAUUCCCUUUUAUUUCCUUGCGAUUUGGGUUUGGGUUAUAGAGUCAAUAAUCAAAUUGGGAUCUGGCCAUACAUUGAAUUUUUGAUGUUGGAGGUGUUUGGAAAUUCACAUAAUAUCUCUAAUAAGAAAGAUCGUCAUCUUUUACAACUGGAAGUGAUUGAAAUCUUGAUUAAUUCGCUUGAAGAGAUUGAUUGGAAGUUUUUGAGUGAAACCGCCCCACAAGUAAUCAGAAAAUUGGAUAAUAUUGAUAAUAUUUUUGAUUCACUUAUUCCAGGAAUUCAAAUUGAUUUUGCCAUGUUUGCCAAGUUACACCAAUCAUUAGCUGUUCUUCAUUAUUUGUUUGACAACAAGUUUUUCAACACAUUGUUUAAAGUUAUUGAUAUUGGUGUUGAUGAAGUUAAUUCAUCUGAAUCUUCAUCAGAAUUAGUUGCACAAGUUUUGAAGGUGCUUGAUAAAUUAUUGGAUGUUCAACCCACAUAUCUUAGAAGAUUGUUACCGUUAUUGAAGACUAAGGAUGGUAUCACGCAACCACAGAAACAAGCUCCAGCACAACCAUUAGGUGUCAACACAAGCAUGAGUCUUAUUUUGAGCACUCCAAGAACUAUAUUUGAUAAUGUUUAUUACCCAAGAAAUAUUGGUUCUCACGGAGUUGAUGAUUUUUACGAAAUUUUAUUAUUCCAUUUGGCCACAGUUGUCCAUUUCGCUUUAUAUGUUGGAUGUAACAAUGAUGAAAUUUCAAACCUGGCAAUUUCCAUCUUACAGCAAAUUGACAAUUCCAAAUAUUUCCAUUCAAGAAAGAUUGCUAAUUCUGUAGAUCCUUUGUUGGAAAAUAACAGAUUAUUAACCACUUUCCAAAGUAUUGAUGAAUCAAUUAAGAUCAAGUAUGCAUUUAUUAACAAGUUCGAGUCCCUUGAAGAAUCCUCGUUCAAAAUGAAGUACAGAAUAAUUGAAUUUUUGUUGAAUAACUUGAAUCAUCAACCAAAUGGCAAAGUUGCAACGGUGGCUCAUUUCUUAUUAGGUUUCGAUUUCAGAGGUCACAAUUUGUCACUUGGAAAUCAAAAUAAUACUCUUUUGAAAACAUUGUUGCGUACUCUCAGUGUCAGUCUUGAUUUACUCUCAGAAAUUGAUUACAAUAAUGGAAAUAAAUAUAUCAUAGAUAUUGGCCCUGCUAAAUUGUCAUCUUUGAUCUUGGAAGUUUUGAUUAAAUUAGUAAGGGAUCCAAUAAGUUCAGUUGUUACCUUGAAUCAAUUGCGUGAAUAUGACGAUUUGUUUGAAAAGUUGAUUAAUUAUCAACCUAAAUUAGACUUGAGUACUAUUUGGUGUGGGGUUGAAUUCAAUGGAGAUUUACAAGUGGAUGGUGUUAAUGCAUUUAUUGAAUCAUCAUUAAGUGUCGAGACAUUCUUUGCUUUUAUAAACCAAAGAAACUUGAUCUUGCAAUACUUAUCAUUGGAAUUCCAUCACAUUUCAUCAAUUACAAAAAAGGAAUAUUAUAUCAACCUAUUAAUUAACAACAAGGAAUUUUUGAAUCAUGCUCCUAAGAUACUUAGCUUCUUGGAUGUUUUGAAUUAUUCAUUCAAGAAUUUUGAAAUGCAAAAGUAUGAACUGUUAGAUAAGAAAUUCAACAUGUUGCUGAUUUUGCAACAAGCUAAACAUAAGUCGGACAACGAACAGGAAGAAUAUUUGGAUUUAUCGAUUUUGAACAAGAUCAUUAAAAUUUUAUGCCAAGGUUCCAAUGCAAUUACCAAUGAUGCUAAGAGAGCAUUUUCUCAAGAGGUUAUGGUCGAAGGGAAUAGGAUUAACGAAUUUGUUAUCAAAUAUAUUGUCUCUAAUGAUUUGAAAGAAGUUCAAUUGAAAUGUUUACAUUCAUGGUGUCAAUUGAUUGAGAUUUUGAUUACUGACAAUGGAUUACAAUCAACCGAUUUCUUAUUACAAGUGUUGCAGAUUGUUAUCCCCAAAACCAAUGACUAUUUGGAGACUGACAUUUCAUUUUCAGCCGAGAUGAUUUCAUUAUGUGUAUUAUUAUUUGAUUUAUAUGAGAAACAAAUUCUCAAUCAAAGUAAAGGAGAAGAAGAUUUCACUCUUGGAAUGGGAAGGUUAAUUCCAUUAUUUCAAACUUGCCUCACUGGGAUUUUGAAUUCUAAUUCUACUCCAAAUCUUCGUUCGGAUUUGUAUGUACUAUGCAACAAGUUUUUGAUGAAGAUAUUUGAUAAGGAUUCCCUGUUUGUUUUGCCAAUGAUUCGUAUUAUUAAGUCACUGGACAAGAAAUUUUUCGAGAUUAUAUGUAAUGAUGCUAUUUAUUCCGAAGGUUCUUCAAGAAUAACAUCGACAUUAUUACUUGAAUCAUUGAUACAUUUGGGUUCACUGGCGGGUAAGGCAAAUUUCAUAUUGGAUUCCUUAGUGAAGAAUAACUCGUUGUUGUUAUUGGUCAGAUCGAUCAAGAGAACCGAUCAAAUGAUUAAAUUGUGUAUUAAACCAGGAGGAGGAGUAACUUUGGAUAAUUUAAUUUUUGAAUUGACUGCAUUCAAGUCUACGUUAUAUUUGUUGAUACGUGUUUCACAAUCUAAAAGUGGAGCUUUGCAAUUGAUUCAAAGUGAAUUGUUUUCUGUUUUGAGACAAUCCAGAUUCUUACUGAUUGAUCCAGAUUUAGGACUCAAUUUGAAUAUCAAAGAAGGUCAUGAUUUUAAGAGUAUUACAGUUAAUGUAUUGUUAGAUACACCAUCUACAUUGAAUGAUUUGGUUGAUUUGAGCAAAAUUCGCAAGGAGAAUACCAUAUCGUACUUUGAAUUUUUGAUUCCUAUAUUCCAACUCAUAACUACAGUUUUAUUGGCUAUGGGUCCAACCUAUAAACCAGGAAUCAUGGAAACCAAGGGAUUAAUGGAAAGCUUUAAUAGAUUAAUUGUUGGAGUAAUGAAGAGGGACGUUUUGUUAGAAUCUAGAAAGGAUAAUGUUGCUGGUGCUGUUGCUGGCGCUACCAAUGUUACUGGUAUCUAUAAAGAAGAUAGUACACAAGUUCAAGACUUGCAGAAAUUGGUUAAAUUGUUUACGUUAAUUGAUUCUUUGGUUAAUUCUAGUGUCAAAGAAUAGUUUUUUUUAUAGAGUAUACUACAAUAGAAAUAUGUAAUUAUAGU